AAUGUGUCACGAUCUCAAUUGCGGGACGACUGCCAAUGCUAAUUUCCGGGACGAUCCCUCGGACGAUAAUUCCGGGAAGGUUGGGCUAAGCAAUCUCCGAGCCUGCAGAGUUGUCAGGCUACACGCAGCGCGUGAGAAACAAAGAUAGUAGGUGUGGCACGGGGGCGUGUAACGACACCCGGAUCGACACAGUUAAGUUGUUAUUGUCAGAGGAGGUUGGGCAUGGCGCAGGAUUGUGAAUUACACAUUAAUUUUAUGCUGACACAGCAAUUUCUUUCCCAUAAAGAAUGUAUGG